AUGGUUAUGGCUGAACCUGAAGAACAGCAAAAUUUUGUUGCCCACAAUGGAGAUGAGGUAACGGAUCAUGGGUUAGAGGAGGUGCACAAUGGGAUUCAGUUCCAGGGCCAUGAUGAGACUCAGUUCCAGGGCCAUGACGAGACUCAGUUCCAGGGCCAUGAUGAGGCUCAGUUCCAAGGCCAUGACGAGAUCCUUGGUCACCAACCAUACCAGGUUGAAGAUCCGAUCCUUGACCCUCAGCAGUAUGAGGUUCAAGAUCCGAUUCUUGAACCUCAGCAGUUCGGGGUUCAAAAUCAAUUAGAGUACCAAGAGUACCAUGUACAGGACCUGGCUAAUGAAGAAGUCCAAAAUCAGCCGCAAGAUGAACUACAAUAUCAGCCACAAGAUCAGGAGGAGCAGUAUCAGUUGCAAGACCAGGCUCAUGAUCAGGCCCAGUAUCAGGUGGAAGGCGAGGCACAAGAUCAUAAUGGUGAUGAAGUGCAAGAUCAAGUAGCAGGUGAGGAAGGAAUUCCUGAGCAUGGUGAGUCUCUACAGAAAUCAGAGCCUGAAGGUGGUGCAACAGUUGGUGAAGAGAAGAGGUGGCCGGGAUGGCCCGGAGAGACGGUGUUCCGCAUGCUGGUUCCUGCACAGAAAGUGGGUAGCAUCAUUGGUCGCAAAGGUGAUGUCAUUAAGAAAAUAGUUGAGGAGACAAGGGCUCGAAUCAAGAUUCUCGAUGGUCCUCCAGGCACAACCGAAAGAGCUGUUAUGGUUUCUGGAAAAGAAGAGCCCGAAUCGUCGCUACCUCCUUCUAUGGAUGGCCUUCUGAGAGUCCACAUGCGGAUAGUUGAUGGUCUGGAUGGUGAAGCUUCUCAGGCCCCUCCGCCCACAAAGGUUUCAACAAGAUUACUAGUCCCAGCAUCUCAGGCUGGAAGUUUGAUUGGAAAACAGGGAGGAACAGUUAAAGCCAUUCAAGAAGCAUCUAGUUGUAUUGUCAGAGUCCUUGGAUCAGAGGAUUUGCCUGUUUUUGCUCUUCAAGACGAUAGGGUUGUUGAAGUUGUUGGAGAACCAACAAGUGUUCAUAAAGCCUUGGAGCUGAUUGCAUCACAUCUCAGAAAGUUCUUGGUUGAUCGUAGCAUCAUCCCGUUCUUUGAAAACCAGAUGCAAAAGCCAACUCGCCAGAUAGAUCAUAUGCCGCCGCCACACCAGACCUGGGGUCCACCUCAAGGCCAUGCCCCAAGUGGCGGAGGUCCUGGCUAUGGUCACAACCCACCACCUCCAUAUAUGCAACCACCUUCAAGACACGAUAAUUACUAUCCUCCUCCUGAGAUGCGUCCACCUCCAAUGGAGAAACAGCCUCACCAAGGUAUAUCUGCAUAUGGAAGGGAGCCUCCCAUGAAUGUGCAUGUAUCAUCGGCCCCACCUAUGGCCGCUCAGCAAGUUACGCAGCAAAUGCAGAUUCCACUGUCCUACGCAGAUGCUGUAAUAGGGACGUCAGGUUCAAACAUAAGCUACACACGUCGUCUUAGUGGAGCAACAGUAACCAUUCAGGAAACCAGGGGAGUACCUGGUGAAAUGACUGUUGAGGUUAGCGGAACUGGCUCACAAGUCCAAACCGCUAUGCAGCUUAUCCAGAACUUCAUGGCUGAAGCCGGAGCCCCGGCACCAGCACAGCCGCAAACUGUAGCACAAGAGCCGCAAGGCUAUAACCCGUACGCAACCCACGGCUCAGUCUACGCAGCGGCUCCAACGAACCCGCCUGGAGGAUACGCUACGGAUUACAGCUCAGGAUAUGGUUACUGA